AAGCAAGUUCUCAAGUUUGAAUUUUAUAAAUGAAUAAUGCCAUUUCUUAUUUAUGUCACAAUUUUGUUUUGGCUUGUGCAUAUGAUAUUAUGAUGAAAUGUUUGGAAAUUUGAGACAGGCCUUGAAUGGAGGGGUGAGAGAGAAGGUUGAAUUGGCAACCAAGUUUGGUAUCCGCAUUUCUGAUGAUGGAAAAUUUGAGAACCGUGGUGAUCCAUCAUAUGUGAGAGCUGCCUGUGAGGGAAGCUUGAAGAGACUUGACAUUGAUUGCAUAGAUCUCUAUUAUCAACAUCGAAUCGAUACACGUGUUCCAAUCGAAAUAACGAUUGGUGAGCUUAAGAAGCUUGUUGAGGAGGGAAAAAUAAAAUACAUUGGUCUAUCCGAGGCUUCAGCUUCAACAAUCAGAAGAGCACAUGCUGUUCAUUCCAUAUCAGCUGUGCAGUUAGAAUGGUCUCUUUGGUCAAGAGAUGUUGAAGAAGAAGUGGUUCCAACUUGCAGGGAACUUGGUAUUGGAAUUGUUGCAUAUAAUCCUCUGGGGAGAGGAUUCCUUUCAUCAGGAACAAAAUUACUUGAGAAUUUAUCUGAGGGUGACUUAAGACAGAAUCUGCCUAGAUUCCAACCUGAGAAUCUGAAGAAGAACAAGACUAUAUUCGAGAGGGUUAAUGAAAUGGCCGCGAAGAAGGGAUGCCCUCCAUCUCAGCUUGCAUUGGCAUGGGUACACCACCAAGGAAAUGAUGUCUGCCCCAUUCCUGGAACCACCAAAGUUGACAAUUUUAACCAAAACAUUGCUGCUUUAUCUGUGAAACUUGCACCACAAGAAAUGGCAGAACUCGAGUCCUUUGCUGCCGCGGACACUGUCAAGGGUGAUAGAUACGCCGGAGAUCUGAGUACAUGGAAGAACUCUGAUACUCCACCACUCUCUUCUUGGAAAGAUGUUUAAUUUUCUUGCUGUUGAUUUGUUCUUUUAAUUAAUU